AGUACUGUCGCAAUAACUCAUUUUGUAAUAUUUCUUGAGAGCUGUGUGUCUGCUUUUCUUUCAUUUUGGAAACUUUAUUAAAAGCAAAUUCUACUUCGUGAUACGUCAAGACAUGCUGUCGUCGGACUCAACAGACCUCGUUGGGUGUCGCUGACCAUUUCCCUCAAGGAAGUAAACUCGCUGUCCGUCCUCAAAUGGCCAGAUUUUUUCAGCAACUGCGACUUCUGCUUUGGAAAAACGCCUUGAGCGUUUAUAGGCAGCCUGUCUGGUCUCUGGCUUUGAUAAUAUGGCCCCUUAUAAUCUUCAUUAUCUUGGCCAUAACCCGAUCCAAAUUCCCUCCAAUAAUGAAAAACCCAUGUUAUGUGGCCCCCCGGAACCUUCCCAGUGCGGGGUUCUUCCCCUUUCUGCAAACUCUGCUGUGCAGCACCGAUAGUGUGUGCGCCAACAAAUCCUAUGAACCGGUCAGACCGAUGAACCGCAUGUUUGGAAAUUCUGAGGAUUCUUUGAGGGAAUCACUGCUGCCAUUCAGGUCCCUGCACCUGGACAGUUCUCAGAAAGGAGGUCUAGUUCGUUCUGCCCUGAAAGAAUUUUCUGACAAGUCACAGAUUGUGAAAAUAUGGGAUAACAUCAUAAAUUCCAGCCAGGAAGAUCCAUUAAAUUUCACAUGGACAAUCAUGAAUGUCGUUAACAACACCAUUUUGACAAAUCAGGAGGUGCUGAUGAAGGACUCUGUCAAUAUCCUAAAGAAAUAUCUUUGUACUGCAGUCCUAUCUGCCCUCAAUUCAUCAUACCAAAGUUCUUCGGAUCCCUUAUCCUUUGGUUUGGUAUUCUUCUGUAAUUCCAGUGACACACUUUUGGAAGCAUUCCUGCAAACUCUGAACCAGGUGGCAUCCAAUCUGCUCCUCACCAAACCUAUGGUGCUGCUGGAGGCCAUUGAAGAGGGAAUACUAGCAUUUGAACAAGUGCAGUCAGACAGUUUAAUCUGGGAUGCCCUUCUGGGCCUGCCUGAGCUUUUCAUUCCCUCCAGUGCAGGAGCCAAGCUGAAUGAGGUGACCAUGCUGCUGAACACCAUAAAGAGGACUGCAAACACCAUCCAAAGAAACAUCCCCCAAAUUAAAAUUCCUGUUUCUAUGAUCAACAUGUCCAUAGAUGCUGUUACCAACAUCUUACAGUACAUCCAGACGUGGUCUAGCAAAGGUGUUGAUGUACCCCUUAGUGAAGGCUUCAGCAUGGUCAAUACGGAAAGUGCUCUAAUCCAAAAGCUGCUGCGUCCGUGGAACAGUGAAGCAGCUUCUACUGGCGUAACCUUUACCACAGGGCUGUUAAACAACCUGCUGCAGAUCUACGGCUGGAGUGUUCAGAAUUUCACUGAAAAUCCAGACAGCAGCAACCAGCUGUAUGGGGGCCAGGAGGAGGAGCUUCUUGGCGUGAUAUCAACACUGAAAAUGCUGGGGGGGCUCCCAGGCUGGUCGUCUUUGAACACCUUCCUCACAGGCAGUCACAUCUCUAUGGAUUUGGCCAUACAAACUUUUGACACUCUGAGAGAGCAAAUGGAUUUCCUGCUGAGUGAGGCCCGUGGCAUUCAGCAGGUGUUUGGGCCGGUCCUGCCCAAUGAGUUCCAGGCAAAUACUUGGCUGUUGGGACUCCCAAAGGCCAUAGUGAAGACCAUUGUGAAGGGAUCCCUAAAUUGUAGUGAUGUCAUCAGUCAGUGGUCCUCACAGUCCAGUCUGCCUUCAGGGGACUUAGUCAUGUGGGAGUUACUCUUUUGCAACAGGUCCUACUUGCCAAAUACUCUGCUUGCCCAGUGGAUGCCAUUGGUGGAGAAAGGAAACAGGUUUUUGGAAUUGCUCCAGACCCCUGAGGAAUCUGGCAUCAAUGUCACAACCAUCCUGUCAGACUUGAAAAAUCUCAACAGCAGCUAUGAGCAAUUUUCUGCAUCUUUGAAGCAACUAUAUGAUGCAAUGAAUGAGCACAACUGGACAGCCUGGAAUCCAGGGAACACCACAGUAAACUGGCUGACAAUGUUCUUAAGGAACACCAAUAUUUUUGAGAUGGUGGGAUCUGACCUGCAGAAAAGCCCCACAUGGUCAGUGGAGACAUUCUUCUACAUUGUCCAUUGGAUUAUGACUUUCCAACCCAAUAUUACUGCACCUCCAAAUUGCACUGUUGAGAGAACUACUGGUGUCCCCCUCUGCCAAAGCAAUUUUACUUGGGAGGAGAUUCUUCCACUAAAAUCAUCUCUGAUAGAACUCUGCAUUAACCCUGAAGCACUUUUGAGAUUUGUGCAGGGUUCUGUGGCAUUCCUUGAUACAGUAUAUGGAGAUUUUGCUAUGCAGUCCUUGGAAGAACUUUCCAACAAUAUGUCUCCUGAAAGCCCCCUGCAAAGUCUAAUCAAAUUACUCGAUCUCUACUAUAAAAUAUUAUCAGACAUCCCCUAUACAGAGCAACUGGACAGCCAAACAUCCCUGUCCAUCCAAGAGAAGGUUCUGGAUGCCUUGGGUUUGAAGCCCCUCAGUUUAAUUUGGACGCAAAGUUUUGACAAUACCUCCUUCAUCAUGAAGAAUGUUAUACAGUCUUUUAUGGACAACAGCUACAUGAUUCCCCCAUUUUUUCUAAAUCUGAACAAGACCAGUACAUCUUUGAUGGAACUAGACAAUCUGACUGUUCAAUGGUUAAAUGCAGGUGGUAAUCUUUAUCGUCCCUUGUCCUUAAGUUUUAGCAACGCUCUUCUUAACCACUCCGCUUUCCUGAAUGCUUCACAUGUAUCCUACCUACAACAGAUUCUCAAGCAUUUAAACAAUGAUAAUGAAAGGGAUGUACUCGAGCUUCUUAUCAAAGCCACAGAGGUGUUGAAUCAGACAACUGAGACCUCACAUAAUGCUUCAGCCUUGAUACUGGCAUACCUGUGGCAGGUUCAGAAUUUCUUAGCCUCUUCUCUGCAGCUAAACAGCAAUGAGUCAUUUUUCAUGCUUGAUGGACUAAAGAACGUUUCACAAAUAUUAGACCUUUAUCCAGCUGCCCUGGAGAUCCUUCAGUUAAAUUCCACAGCAUUUCUUCAGGAUCUACAUCAAAUUAGAAACGUCAGUAUGCUGGAUGCUGUUCUCUGGCAAGUGAUAGCAUUAUUACCAGAAGAGUUUCGCUACAACAACGAUGAACUGAUAAAUCAUACCUAUCGCCUACUCAGAGCACUAACAUUAUGCACAGCCAGCAGCCAGGACUGUGCAGCUGAUGUCAGCAAAGUUUUCCUGUUCUUGGAGCAGGCUGCUAAAAUGCUACAACAAAGUGAGAACAUCACAAAUGGACUGAUAACUAUCAAUUCCAACCUUACAUUUGAAAGAAACCUAACUUUCCCUCUAGUUGUGGACCUUCUUGCACUCCUUUCUCCAUUGAUCAAUAGCACCAAUGUGUCCUUGACAUCAGAAGCUAUACAGAGGGUCCUGUUCUUCCUCGAUGAAAUUCCACCCACACUCAACAUCAGUCUGUCCUCCCUGCAGUAUGGUCUUCAGAUGUCCAAUUUAAGCCUGGAGGACCUAGUCUUUGUUGCAGAGUUAGCAGGAUCCUCUACUGCUCAGAUGGUGUUAACAAAUCUAAGUAGUGUAAUUAAUGCUCAGGGUUGUUUCAGCCUAAAUAAUGCAACAAUGCAAACAGAGCUAGUGAACUCAACUGAGCUCCAUUGCUUGUUGAAGCUGAUUAAGGAGACAAUCGAGGUUUUACAAGGCAUACUCCUUAAUAAGGAAAUGAAUCACCUUACACAAUUUUGCCAAAGACAGCAUGGAGGAAGCAGUAAUAUGACACAUUUUACCUAUUAUGACCAUCUUGUGUCUUCUUCCGGUGACCUAUCAGUUAUUCUGGACAAGAUCCAUGAGAAUUUGCAGGAUUAUGGCUUGGAGUCCUGGAACGAAGUCACAACUGCUAUCCAUGUUCUCAAAAAUAUCAUCCAGCAAUUUGUUAAUGGGACAUAUCCUUUCCCCUCCAUCAACUCUACUCUUCCUAACCAGCCAGAGUAUGUUCCAGAAGUUUAUAUGGACAUUGCAUUGUGGUACUUGAGGAAGCUUGAGAAUAUUACUUAUACCGGAAAUGUUUCUGACCUUCUUUACCCCUUAUUCAGAAUGAUGGAAAUGCAGUUGGCUACCUCCCUUGCAGAAUCACAGUUCAUAACAUCUAUUGUGCUUGGAGCCGAAAAUUUGACCCAGUCCAUACAUAUUCCCUUAAGCAAGUCAGACUUACAAGACAUUGAGAAUUAUGUCAUUUCUGUUCUCUCUGAAGAGCUAAAGAUAACAAAAUAUGUGGCUGAACUGCAGAUGAAUUUCUCCUUAGCCAUGGGAGAUAAUACAUCAGAUGUCAAUUUCCAGGUGUUUGAGACCCAGGUAGAGAAGUAUCUUCAUAUCACAGAGGAUUUUUUGAAGGAUACCCACCUGAUAUCCAUUAUGGCUGAAAUCCUCCAACAGAAUGCAAGCUCUCCUGACCUUAUGAACAUGGACAGUUUUUGGCUUUAUGACAUAGCACAUCUUUUAUCAGAAUCCCAAUUUCACUAUCUUUCCAUAGUUGGACAAGUGUCCCAGGCCCUAAAACAUGCACUGUUAAUAGCUACUCAAGAAGAUGGGGUCCAGAAUGUGAACUUCACUAGAGCCUUAAUGGAGGCAUUUAGCAUUGUCAUAGGGAACCUGAGCACAGACCAAUGGCCUCUCCCAGACAUCGUGACCAGUGAUGCCAUAGGUAUUAUAUAUGAGGCCCUGCAACUUGUGUUCCGUCCUAAUAUGAGCUAUACAGAGAAAGUGAACCUCACCUUGGACAUCCUUUUGAAGGGGGAAAGCCUGAUCAAGGUGAUUGCCCCCAAUGAGUCCUUACCGAUACUCCUGCCGAUGACACAGGCCCUUAUCACCUACAUGGAGACCAUCAUUCAGCUUGGUGGACAAGACAAUUGGAAUCAGAUCAUCAUUGAUCAACUGCAACAAUUCUUACCUCUGAAUACCACUUCUCGUGAUAUCACAGAGAUCAUCAGGGCAAUCCUAGACCCCAGUCAAGGUUCCUUAGAUGAAAUUCUGCAAGCCACCAAUAUGAAUAACCUCACUGAAAUAUUUUACAAGGUUCAGGAUAUUGGGGCUGUGCUAUUCCCUGGUAGACAGGUUUUGGCCCUGUCAGAGUCCAUGCCAGCCCUGUUGCAGAUCAUAACUGGACAGGCAGACAACUCUACCUGGGAAUGGGUUGAGAAGAUGUUGGAACCCAUUUUCAGCAAGUUUUCAGCUUUGGAGAAUACACCAUCAAAUGGUCUAAUUCUAAGGGAACUUGUCAUAGCUAUUGCUCAUGACAUCAGAACAGAGACAGACCUUGUCUACAGGCUUGGUGAGCUGUUGGUUAAUUUGACGUCAAGUGCUGUGCAUACAACAAACUCAAGCAUCUUUGAGGCUGUCCUGAGUACAGUUGAACUGGUGCAACAGGUAAAAAAGGCUGCAAAGGAUGGUCUGGUUUUUGAAUGUGCAGAUGUCUUGAAGAUGUGGGGAAUGGCCAUACAGCAAGAAGACAUAAGUGAACCUAAUCUAGUUAUGUGGUGUAACACCAGCCUGGUCCCACUUAUUGACAGUUACGUGUCCAAUGGUUCACUGUUUGCACAUCUGAAUAUCACAAAAGCCACAAUGGCAGUGGAUUCUCUGAACAUUACAGCUGCAGAUAUUGUGACCGAACUACAUUCACUUUACUGCGCCAUACUAAACCACUCUGAAAUAAUCAUCCAGCUCCUUGGAGACCUUAGUCAACCCCCCUCAUGGCCUGUAGUAUCAAACAUUACUGGAUGGAAUGUUUCCAUGAACCCAUUCCAUAUGAGCAAUCUGCUAAUGCCCAAUGUUAUCAAGCCCCUUUUGGAACAAGCUACAGAAGAAGCCCCGUGGAUGCAGCAGUAUUUGCUGGCACUGGAAAUGACACUGAACUAUACCCUCCAACAUGCUCUCCGGUCUAUGAAUGUGACAAUAACUCCAGAUCUAAUUAAAGAUAUUCUUCAAAUAUUCAUGAUUGGAAAUAACUGGACCAAGGAUUCCAUUAUCUCCUUUCUGCAUUCAGCUACAAGUGAAAAUAGUUCUUUGGCUGACAGACUGCCAGUCUGGCUCCAGAUAAUUGAGGAUUGCCCUAUGAUAAAUAACCUUACAAAGCAGUAUCUGACUGCAGAGGAAUCUAGGCUGCUUUUUGAGAAGAUGUUGAAUUUAACUGAUUGGUGGAGGUUCUCCCAAACCACUGGAAUGGAAUUUGUAUCAGAGGCAUUAGUGAAAAUAUUUGAUAUAAUCAAGGCCAUGCUUUCCACCAUGAUUGAAAGAAAUGUCACUCUGCCAAGCUACUUUGACAUAUAUGUUGAGUUAAUUGACAAUGUCCUCAACAUGAUGAAGCAGUUAAAUUGCCUUGGACCAUGCCAAUCUCAUCCUUUUACCUAUAUUGUCUCUUUCCUUGAAGACCUUGAAGGACAACUUGCCGGUGGACAGACCUUGAGUGAUCUCCUUCCUCAUGCUCAAGUUUUCAGAAAAAGGUCAAAACGCGAUGCUGAAACAGUUUUUCCUGAAGACAUCUUAGACCUUGCUGAUGUAGACUACAAUGACUUGGUAAAAGUAUUUUCCAACUUGCCUAGUACUUCAGACAUCAUGCAAACUAUUAACAUGUUCUUUGCAAACUCGGAUUUGGCAGUUAUUUUGAGAGGUGUUUCGAGAGAGAUGACUGGAGAUUCUAGCUUUGAACCGGCAAUCAACAGGGCCCUUGACAUGCUAUCAUCCAUCACAGCUCCAGGAAACUGGGAAAUGUAUGCAGAAAUGUUAACGCAAAUUUCCCAACAAGAAAAUGUGGGAAGCCUCCUGGACAUGUUUUUGAAAUUAGCCCUGCAACCAUCUUUUGAAAUAGCCCAAAAUAGUGAUAACAUCAAUUCUGACAUAUCAGCAGUUAUAAAAGGGUUAAUAGCCUCUUCAGCAUGGCAGGAGCCCCAGAAAAACCCGACUACCUUCCUUGUCUUAUUGGAUCAGACUGUGGCUGCUUUUGCAUCCUUCAUGUCUGCGGAGCAGCUUAUGUAUUUCAACCUCUCAACACAGUUAACUAAAGCCUCAACAGUACUUGCCUAUAAUCCCAGAAAUGUGGAAAAAGUUCUUCAGUCUGCCAGCAUAAUCUCUGGCUCUCUCAGCCAUCUUCCAACCUACCCCAAUGAGGCCCAUGUUUUGAGCAGACAGCCUGUUCAGGAUAUAUUGUAUGAGUUCAUUUUAAACAGCAUUCUUGUUACUCAGAUUAUGGAGAAUCUUACCAUUUCCAACUAUGCCUUGGGAAGCAUGUCUGAAAGAGAACAUUUGGUAGACGAGGUGUUUAAUCAGGUGGUGUCAACUCUUCCAGUGGACCAGAGGAAGUACAUCCUGGAUCUAAAUCCAGUAGUGUUGUCUGCCCUUAAUAAUAUUUCCCACACUGCUGAAAUUCCGCAUUUGUUUGUCAACAUCUCUGCACAAGUAGCUGCUUCUCUCUUUACCAUACUGAAUCUGACUGAACCUGCUAAACCUGAAGAGUCUUUCCAUGGUGGCCUUGCUAGUACAUUGUUUGCCAUAUCUGAACUGGUGUCAAGCACUCUGUGGAAUGGCUUAAUGGCGGAUUCAUCUUUGAUCCGUCUAUAUGAUGUAUUUCAGUCAUUAAACAAUACGGCCAUCUCAUUGGCCUCUGUACUUCCACCAGAUGCUAGUCAAUACAUUACUGAUUCCCUACAUGUUUUGGAGACUGAAGCAAUUAUUCUAAAUAAUACUGACAUGGCUGGUGGAACACAAGGGGCUUUUUCAGCUAUGAUGUCCUCAGUUGAAACCCUUUUUGCUGGGCUACCAUUCCCUGUCUCAUCAAUUCCUGACAUUAACCUCAGUGAUCAAGUGCAGACUUUUGAGAUGAUUCUACAGCUUUUCUCCUUAGACCAAAGCUCCUUUGGCCUGAAUGCCACACACUGGAUUGAAGAGAAUUUACAUGUGUUAAACUCCACUGAAGACCAAAUUCUAAACCAUCUGCUAUAUCCUGUUCUCAAAAACAUAUCCACUGAAGUCAGAGAAGCUCUGAUACUCAUUCUUAAAAUGGAACAGAUGAUCCCUAGAAUCAAUUGGUCAAAUGAAAAUUUUGCUCUUCAACUAGACUACAUACUGGCUAAGGUGUGUGAUUUGGAACGGUUGGGCUUUGUCCAGAAGUUGCUCCAGGGCUUUCCAAUCACACCUGGAAUGCUAUGUAAAAUUGGCGCCACUGCCGGCAAAGCCCUCCAGAUGGUCGGGAGGGGCCUGGUGGAAAAUAAUGCUUCCUUCUCUGAGUUACUGUUUGAGACAUUCAUUGGAGAUCCUAACAAAUACAAAAUUAACAAUAACUGGAUGUCAUACCUCUCUCAAAGUCUGGGCUUUGAUGUGAGCAGUCUGAGUUUAGACAAUGUGACUGUCAGCCCGCGAGCUCCAGUCAAACUGUCCACGUUCUUCGUAAAUAAGACUGCUUUUUCCAUGGAUCUACAAAGUUUGACCAGUAUUUCUCCAGAAAUCAUUGACCUUUUGAUGAACUCAGUGGUACCCAACAACAGCUUACAGGUUCUGAGUUGGCUAACUAACAUGCACUACUGCAGAGACCCAUCAGUUCUGGUGCUCAACCAGAACGAAAGCCUAAUCUUCCAGUCUUUAUGUUUGUUAACCCCUCGCGAGUGGUACAACUUUGCACUUGUGGGAGCCCGCUACAUCAGUCUUGAGAACGUUAUGUUUGAGUUGAUGCUACAGAGCCCAUUAAGCUUUCUACUAGCCCUGCUGAAUUCCUUGAUGCACAUGCUGACCAAGCUGCUGCCUACUAUUGACAGUCUUGUACAGAAUCUGUUGUCUGUUCGAGACCUCAAUCUUAUGGCUAACCGUGAAUUUCGUGAUUUGGUCAUUGGCACACGGGCCAGCAUCUCCAGCCAGGCCACCUUCACCACUCUCUCCAAUGCCUUGUGUACCAAUGGCAUAUUGUCUCUUUUUGGCAUCUCCAACCUGCCCAUUGGCUCCAGCUCUGGUCCCUCCACUCAGGGAGACACUGAAGUUGAGCAGCUCGUCAAGAAGUUUAACAUUCCACGUGAUGCCACUCCAUUUUGCAAGAACUUAUUCCUGGACAUGGUGAACACAACAGGGGGAGCUGUGGCUUGGGCCUUCCUCAAGCCUAUGCUUCUGGGACAGGUCCUCUACAGCCCUGAUAUACCUUUGACUAGGAAGAUCAUGCAGGAGGCAAAUACCACAUUGCAACAAUUUGCAGAUUUAAAGUUAUUUUCUCAAGAGUGGCUUGAAUCUUCCUCCUAUGUCAUGAAUUCCGCGAAAGUUCUUCAAAAAAAUCUGCCAGUGCUACAGAAUUCCCUCAGUAAUCCUUUUGUCCAAAGAUUCAUCCAGGUUGAGACAAACAUUGACGUCAAUCAGAUGAAGGACGCAUUUAACAAAUUUUCUAACAUCACAGCUCUUCUAAUUGAGAACAAAGCAAUCAUUCAGCAGAUCUCCACCUUAUCAUCAUUAAUGCUGAAUCUCUCCUCCUGCGUGAGGUUUGACCGCUUUCAAGGUUUCAACUCUAGUGAAGAGCUUGAUGCACUUGCUGAGAAUCUGACUCAAACCCGUGACCUCUAUGCCAGUAUCAUAUUCAAGCUGCCGAAUGUCACUGCUUCUCCCUCUCGGAAAAAACGGGAUUCCUCCAGCGACCCCCUUCCCCCCAAAGUGAAAUACACAAUAAGAAUGACUAUUGACAAUGUCAUGCGCACGGACCGUACCCGCAAUACCUACUGGGUGAAAGGCCCGUACAUCUCGCCAAACCAGAACCAGCUCUACAACAGGGGCUUUGUGUACCUUCAGGAGAGCAUAGAGCGCGCAAUCAUUGGCAUGCAAACAGGAACCCAAGUGGAAGAACCCGCAGUGCAGCUACAGGCCUUCCCCUAUCCCUGCUACAUCAAGGACCAGUACAUCAACAGCAUGGCUUUUGCCUUUCCACUGGUCCUCAUGAUUGCUUGGGUCCUCUUUGUCGCCAAUUUUGUGAAGAGGCUGGUUCAUGAGAGGGAACUUCAGCUGCAUGAGUACAUGAAGAUGAUGGGCGUUAACCCAAUCAGCCACUUCUUUGCCUGGUUUCUGGAGAGCGCAGUCUUUUUGCUAGUGACCAUCAUCAUCCUAACCAUCAUCCUGAAGUGUGGGCAGGUGCUGCCCAACAGUGAUGGCUUUUUACUGUUUCUGUAUCUCUGUGAUUACGGCCUCGCUAUACUGGCCAUCAGCUAUCUUGUCAGCACAUUCUUUGACAGGACCAACAUUGCUGGGCUUAGUGGCAGCCUCAUCUAUAUCAUCUGCUUCUUCCCCUAUAUCGUCAUUAUGUCCCUGGAGACCUCGUUUUCCUUCUCCGGAAAAAGUGCACUGAGUCUCUUUGCACCCACCUGCUUCAGUUAUGCCAGCCAAUACAUUUCUCGGUAUGAGAUUCAGGGAGAAGGGAUCCAGUGGAGUAACUCAUACAUCUCCCCCAUGGAUGAUGACAACUCAUCCUUUGGCUGGUUCUGCUGGUUACUCCUAAUAGACUCUAUGCUCUACUUUCUUAUAGGCAUAUACAUCCGUUUUGUCUUCCCAGGGAAAUAUGGCAUUGCAGUUCCUUGGUACUUUCCAGUAAUGCCCUCCUUUUGGAUGGACCUAUUUGGAUGCAAUUCAGGGACAAAAAGAGGUGGACGUGGGUUGCUUUUUACAAACUUUGCACAAAAUAACCAAGCGGUUUUUCCAGAAGACAAAUACAAAGGAGAAAGUGGGUUCACAUCCCAGACAGAGGAAGAGUUCUCAGGACUCCCAGUUGGAGUGAAUCUUCAUGGCCUGACAAAGAUGUAUGGAGACCGAGCUGCUAUCCAGAACCUUAAUGUCUGCUUCUAUGAAGGACAUGUCACCACUUUACUUGGCCACAAUGGGGCUGGGAAGACCACAACCAUGUCCCUCCUCACUGGUCUCUUUGGUCCCUCUUCUGGCUCGAUCGAGGUGUAUGGCAAAGAUAUGCAGGGAAGCAUCAGUGAAGUCCGUAAAGAGCUGGGUGUUUGUAUGCAAUAUGAUGUCCUCUUUGACCACUUGAGUACCAAGGAACACCUGUUAUUGUAUGGGCAAAUUAAAGCCCCACAUUGGACACAUCAGGAACUUAAAGAGCAAGUGCGCAAAAUCUUACAGGAGACUGGGCUGUACAAUCAUCGGCACAAGCGGGUAGGCAGCCUUUCAGGGGGCAUGAAGCGGAAGCUGUCUAUCUCCAUUGCAUUCAUUGGUGGUUCUCGUCUGGUUGUCCUGGACGAGCCAACCACUGGAGUAGACCCCUGCUCAAGACGGAACAUCUGGGACAUCAUCAUCCACCAAAAGAAAGAACGCACCAUCAUCCUGUCUACCCACCACCUGGAUGAGGCAGAGGUCCUUAGUGAUCGCAUUGCCUUCCUGGAGCGUGGAGGUCUGAAGUGCUGUGGCUCCCCCUUCUACCUGAAAGACAAGCUUGCACAGGGAUAUAAUCUCACCCUCACCAAGAAGGUGCAGGUUAACUCAAAGGAAAAGUUUGACAAUGAGAGAGUGAAAGCCUUUGUCCAGUCUUAUAUCCCAGAGGCCCAUCUAAAGGAGGGAGAAGUGGGAGAUAUGGUUUUUAUGCUCCCUCCUUUCAGUUCCCAAAAUGCGUUGGCCUACCGUACUUUACUUUCCAACCUGGACAGUAACCUGGAUGCAUUGCAGCUUGGAUGCUAUGGUAUUUCUGACACAACUCUGGAAGAGGUUUUCCUCCAGCUGACCAAAGACAACACUCAGGAUGAUGAAGGCGGUUCACAUUCUGCAUCCGAAUCAGUGUUGGACUUGUCUACUAAUAGAGACAGCAUGCCUGAAGAACUCUCAGUUAGCAGCUAUAACUUAGACGACAGACAAACUCUGACUGGCUCCCCAAUAGUCCGAGGUGUUGCCCUAAUUGGCCAGCGGGUGGCAGCAAUGCUGCUGAAACGAGUGCACCACUCACGACGGGACUGGAAGGGCUUGUUUGCUCAGGUUUUGCUGCCUGUGCUGUUUGUCAUUGCGGCCAUGGGCUUGGGCUCCAUCAAGAGCGACCUGCAGUACUUCCCUGAGUUGGAGCUCUCACCUGUCCUCUAUAGCUCAAGCCAGCAGCAGUACAGUUUCUUCAGCAAUGAGAAUCCUAACUCAAGUUACCUUGUAGACACAAUGUUGUCUUUCCCUGGAAUUGAUAACAGAUGCCUAUCCAAUCCUGCUGACCCGUCUUGUGUAAAAACCAAUACGUAUUGGGCUAAUUCCUGGACUACAAAUGGAAAUACAUCAAAUGCUUUGCAGAAAUGCCAGUGUUCCAAAACAGCACAGGUCUGUUCCUUCGCCUACCAAGCACCCUGUAAAAGAAUCCCUUCGUCCCAGAUAAUUUGCAACUUAACAGGAAUUGACACGGAGAACUACUUGCUGACUACCAGUAACAAAUACGUCCGGGACAGGUAUGGUGGAUGGGACUUCGGACAGCCACUUCCCACUGAUCUUAAACUGGACAUCAAUGACGUGCCUCAAAACAGAACUCUAACAAAGGUGUGGUACAAUCCAGAGGGUUACCACACUAUGCCAGCUUACCUCAACAGCCUCAACAACUUCAUUCUGAGGUCCAAUCUCCCAUCAUACAAGAACCCAGAGCAAUAUGAAAUAUCUGUGUCCAGCUAUCCUUACCCCGGCCAGGUUCUAAGUGAAGAUGUGAUGGUACGGAGUCUGGUCAGCAUCCUGGUGGUCCUUUGUAUUCUUACAGGUUACUCUAUCAUGACAGCAAGCUUUGCCAUCUAUGAGGUCCAAGAACAUCAAACUGGAUCCAAGAGGCUACAACACAUCUCUGGCAUUGGAGAGCCCAUGUACUGGAUUAUCAACUUCUUGUAUGACAUGGCUCUGUACCUGAUCCCUGUGGUACUGUCCAUUGUCGUGAUUGCUGCCUUCCAGAUUUCUGCAUUCACUGCUGGACAGAACCUGGCUGCUGUCACACUAUUACUGCUUCUCUUUGGCUUUGCAACUUUCCCUUGGAUGUAUCUGCUGUCAGGGAUAUUCAAAGAUGCAGAAAUGGCUCUCAUCACUUACAUUUGCAUCAACCUCUUUAUCAGCAUCAAUACCAUCAUUUCCUCCUCUGUAGUCUAUUUCCUGUGGAAUUUGAACAACCAAGCUGAUCAGAGUGUCUAUGCAGUGUAUCAGAUCCUCAGCUACGUCUUCCUCAUCUUCCCCCAAUUCAGCUUUGGUAAUGGGCUUAUGGAUCUGGCACGGAUGGAUAUGCAGGUGCAAAUCCUGGGUGCCUUUGGUGUGGACGCCUACCAAAGCCCCUUACGCAUGGAUACACUGGGCUGGAACUUCAUCUCCCUGUUCCUGCAAGGCUUUAUUUUCUUUACCCUUCGCUUGCUGCUCAAUACUUCUUUCUUACAUUAUAUUAGAGGACUCAUAUCUACUAAGAAAUCUGCGCCAGACGCUAGCUUGAACGAGGAUGAUGAUGUCAUGGCUGAGUCUGAACGUGUAGCCAGCGGAGCAGCAAGUAAUGACUUGCUGCAGAUAAACCACCUGAGCAAGGUCUACCAGCACAUGCGCAAGAAAGUGCAUGCAGUGAAGAAGCUCUCUGUGGGCAUUCCUGCUGGGGAGUGCUUUGGGCUACUGGGGGUGAAUGGAGCAGGGAAAACGACCACCUUUAAGAUGUUGACCGGUGACAUCAACCCCACAGAUGGGACAGCACAGAUCCGUAACUGGGAUGGGAGUAUGGUGGACAUGAUAGACUGCUACAGAAGAGGAAUCCAAAUUGGCUACUGUCCUCAAGUAGAUGCACUGGAUGACCUACUGACAGCUGAGGAGCAUUUGUACUUCUAUGCCUGCAUCCGUGGCAUUGCCAGGAGGGAGAUGGACCAAGAGGUGAACCACCUACUGAGAAGGCUGGAGCUUAACUACUACAAGAAAAAGACCAGUAGCAGUUACAGCUGCGGUACCCGUAGGAAGCUGUCCACAGCCAUAGCCCUCAUUGGGCAUCCUCAGAUCCUGCUUCUGGAUGAACCCAGCUCGGGAAUGGAUCCACGCUCCAAACGCCACCUUUGGAAGGUCAUCUCGGAGGAGGUGAAGGGCAAAUGUGCUGUGGUUCUUACCUCACACAGCAUGGAGGAGUGUGAGGCUCUGUGUACACGACUGGCAAUAAUGGUUAAUGGACAAUUCAGAUGCUUGGGCUCCUUGCAGCACAUCAAGCACAGAUUUGGCAGUGGAUUCACAGUUAAAAUGUACCUGGCACUGGCCUCUAGCAAUGUGGAAUUCAUCACCGACUUCAUGCAGCUCCAUUUCCCCAGCACAUAUCUGAAGGACCAGCACUCUGCCAUGGUGGAGUACCAUGUGCCAGUAGCCCCUGGAGGUGUGGCUUACAUUUUUGACCAGUUGGAGUCCAACAAGAUCGCCCUACAAAUCAAGCACUUCUCUGUCAGUCAGACCACUCUGGAUGAGGUCUUCAUAAAUUUUGCUCUGGGAAAGGUGGGCAUGGAAUCAAUUCCAAUCCACAGUGAAGGGUCAGACUCUGACAGCCUGGACUCCACAGAAGAUCUCGAGAACUAGAGAGGAAAUACCUGUGCAUUUUUUUUGUACCUGUCCACUAUAUUAGCAUUAACUUCACACAUUACAGAAGAAGGCAUCUUUGAAAUUCAUUAUUUCUUUAAAGCAAUCAUGUUAUUUAUGUUUGACAAAUCAUCUGUGGUAACUGUUUUGUUGUAUCUUAAUUUAGACACAUUAGAAUUUUAUGUAAAAUCAGCACUAUUGAUUUAAUGCCACAGUCCACAUAUGCAGAUUAGUUGUCAGUACAAUAAUGGAAGACUAAUGACUGAAAACCUACACAGUUGUAACCAGUUGUAAGGGGUAUUUUUAAAAUAGAAAUUGUUUAUUAUAUGAUGAAAAUAUUUGGAAAACAUAGACUUUUAAUGAAUUUUGCCGUUAAGCAUCUUGUUGAUAGUAUGAGCUCAUUAAAGAAAUUUAAUUAAAGAACUCUAAACAGAAAUGUUACUGAAUAAUAUUAAUUCACCUGUUCAGAAUCAGCCUAUGAACUGGCAGAUUCAUUUCAAUCAUCAUUUCUAAGGACUUCAUUAGGUAGGUUUCAGAGAUUCUUUAAAACACAUAGAACUCCAUAAAUGUAUUUCACUAAGGAUCACAAACAUCCAACAAUUAUAUAUCUUGGACAGAAAGUAUUUAUUAAUUAAAAUGUGAAGAAUAUGUACUUAUGAAGAGAUUAAACAGCAAGCUAGUACUUAAACCAGUCAUACCUUAUAUCAGGAGAUCAAGCUAUAAGGUGUCAUGAGACGGACCUCCAGAACCCAAAAAACUACCUCUAUCCUAGCUGCCAAAAGACAGGGGACUGAAGAUUACUUGCAAUAUUGCAACUGUUGACUCAAGCCUGCCAGACCAUGCAACCCCCCUGCAAUACCACUUUCACUCCACCCUUGUACUGUGAUUUUCUAAUAAAUGUUGCCUUCCUGGGGUGAGACUCGAAA